CUCCGUUUCACUAGCUGAAAGUAACCCGUAAUGGCAAGGACCAGAUCGGCGGCAGAGGGCUUGUUAGGGGUGAUCACACUCAAGAGUUUUUUUUUCGAGAGGACGUUCCCAUCCACGCACAAAAUCAGUGCCUGUCAAACCUUCACUCUGCGCAUCGCACAACAGCAAAACAUCGGACAAAGCCGUUCUUGUUGUGCGAAUAAGAUGCUGAUAGCCAUCUCCCGGCAACAGAGUAGCGGAGAAGGGCAUCGUAGCGACAUUCUCAACUUUUUUCAAGUUGAGGGUGAUGUACGCUCGUUGUACAGUAGCUACAUGAGCAUUACGAGCAGCUGCAUCAGUCGCAUCGAUCGAUGCUUGACGAGUUGUUUACCGUGUUAGAAGAAAGUGGCAAUGCACGGUCAUCGGAAACAGCAGGGGGUGCGGCGACGGCUACCGAAGCAGCUGUGGAAGCAUGGUCUGAGGACAACAUACUACGCGAAACACCCGGCACACGUGGUACAAGCGCCGAAGGGGGGUUGAGGUUCGAAAACCCAUGGUUCUGCAUCAGUCGUGGAUCUACGGCAUGGCGAGCGGUAGUAAGGCUAAGGGGUGCAAAGGUUUCCAAAGAAACAGGGGCGGCCGAAACCGGGGCUGAGUUCGAAAGCUCAACGCUACGUACACGUCCGGAGUCUACAGCAUUGAAUGCGGCAGAAGGGACACAAGGUGCAAAGGGGUCCGAAGAAACGGGGGAAGCCAAAGGCGGGGGAAGGUCCGAAAACGCAACACGACACAAAAGCCCUGAGUCCGAGGAAACAGGGGGGGGCGAAACCAUACCAACAACCGAAGUUGAGGGGGGGGGCGAAGCCUGAGAAAAAAAUAAUCAUGUAAAAGGAAACGAUCACUCAACGCCGCAUCCAUAAGGGACGGGACUAGUUGCCUGGAAGAAGAGCCCUUCCGAGCGUCGUACUUCCGGGUGAGACUC